CACAGCUUGCUCCAGAUCGUGCCACCUUCUCCGCUGGCCAUCGAUUAUCCAACCCUACGGCGGUGCUACUGUCUAAGUAGACAGGGGAAUAAGCGAUCAGCAUGUCGUAUCAACACACUCCAAAAGGGCAUUUCCCCCGCAGAUCGGGCCCAAAACCUUCUGCCACUGACAUCAGGACCAGAAGAACCAACACGACGAAGUUUACUUCACAUGUGGGGAUCAACUAUUAGCCCUCGGUCUACUCUCGUAGUCCUCCAGUAGCGGGUUCUGUGGAGAAAAUGGGGAAGAUUCCCGCAUCUGUAAGCAUAAAAGGAGCCAUGCCGCCUCCUUGGUUCUGGAAUCGGGCUCUUCAGUCGUCAAUUGCUGGCCAACCCCUGUGGAGAGCAUACACCCAGCAUGCGUUUCUCAACAAUAUUGUCCGCCCUUCUGCUUUCCAGCACCUCGCUGGCAACACCAGCUCAAGUUUCUUCGGCAUUGGGCGAUGCCUCAACACGGGGGAAUCCUGAGGAACACCCUCUAGGUCAGACACCCGCUGCGGCACCGGAGGCGACUGCUGCCGCUCAACCGAGCGAUAAUGCUGGUCAGCCACAGAAUUUCAAUGCGAACCAGGGUCCAAGCUCCCCUGUCAAUCAGCAGCCCACAGUCAAUGUGAACCAGCAACCUACUGUUGAGGCCAGCCAGCAACAGAGUGCCAACAACGAUCAGCGGCCGACUGCCAACGUUCCCUCACAAUCGAACGCUGCGCCAGAGCCAUCUUCGGGUCAACAAACGGACGGUGGCUUGCUGUCGCACCUAAUUCCCACUGGCGUUGCGGAUUCUUCAACCCAACAGGAUUCGGGUGCGCCUGCCCCAACUGCUUCACCAGCGGAAACUGAGGGUAGUGCCGGUCCCAGCCAGGCCACUGCUUCGUCAACUGCGCAGUCGAAAUCCCAGGGAUCCGGCACCCAAACCGCCGCUUCAUCAUCAUCAACCUCGUCAGCAGGUAGUCCAUGGGAGAGCCUUAUCCCCGAUGGAUUUACAGGAAAGCCAGGGACAGAUCUGGGUAAUGGACUUUCGGGCCUCUUGGGCCUUCUAUCUCCCACGUUCCUCAAAGACGUUGAAUCAUUUUUCCAUCAUUUCGCUUACCUAUUUGACGACAAGACUACAGGCCAGACCAAAUCUCUGAUUGAUAUUGGAUCUGGCCUUCUUACCCAAGACUUGAUCAAAGAGAUUUCUUCUCUUCUGACCAACGCUAACAAGCUAUUGACGUCCGACUUAGUUGACCAGCUUCAGAAAUUGCUCAAGGGUCUUGGCCCUCUUCUUACACCUGACUUGUUCAAGAAGAUUUCUACAUUGUUGGAUAAUGGAAACGAGCUCCUAACUGCUGACUUUGUUAAGGAGGUUAAUGGUCUGAUCGGAAACGCCAACAGCUUACUGACUCCUGAAACUGUCAAGGAGCUGCGACAACUUAUUGAAGCUGUCGGUCCUCUCUUGUCUCCUGAUCUCUUCAAGGAGAUCGGCAGUCUACUUAACAAUGCCAACGACUUGUUGACUGCAGACUUCGUCAAGGAGACUAAGGGCUUGAUUACUGCAGUGGCCCCUGUUCUGACUCCUGAGCUUCUCAAGGAAGUUGGCGGUCUCCUGAACAACGCCAAUAACCUGUUGACACCUAACUUUGUCGAUGAGAUUAAGAACUUGAUCAACUCGCUUGGACCUCUCCUUAAACCUGAGCUUUUCAAGGAGAUCAGCUCAUUACUCGGCAAUGCCAACAACCUGUUGACUCCCGAGUUUGUGGAUGAGACCAAGAGCCUGAUCAGCUCGGUCGGUCCGCUCCUGAAGCCUGAGCUGUUCAAGGAGAUCAGCUCGUUACUGGGCAAUGCCAACAACCUGUUAACCCCCGAGUUCGUAACUGAGAUCAAGAACCUGAUCAAUUCUGUUGGUCCUCUCCUUAAACCUGAGUUAUUCAAGCAGAUUAGCUCGCUAUUGGGCAAUGCCAACAACCUGUUGACCCCCGAGUUUGUUAAGGAGACUACAGGUCUGAUUGACUCUAUUGCUCCUAUAGUGACACCCGAUCUGCUCGUCAAGGUCGGCGGCUUGUUGAACAGUGCUGGCAAGUUGCUGACAGACGGAUUCGUUGAUGAAACCAACCAUUUGAUUGGCAAUGCCAACAAGUUGCUGACAGAUGGAUUCGUCAACGAAACUAACGACCUGAUUGGUAAUGCCAACAAGCUGUUGACACCAGAGUUUGUUAAGGAAACGAGCGGCUUGAUUGAUGGUCUGGCGCCCAUCAUUACUCCCGAGCUGCUGGGACUUGUUGGCGGCCUCCUUGCAAACGCGAACUCCCUCUUGACACCCAAGUUUGUCAACGAGACUAAGGGCCUUAUUGAUGGCAUCUCGCCCGUACUCACACCCGACUUGCUUCUGCAAGUUGGCGGUCUUCUCAAUAAUGCCGGCAAGCUCCUGACGACCGAAUUUAUAGAUGAAACAAAGGGCCUGAUCAGCACCGUGGCACCCGCCAUUACCCCUGACCUGCUAGAGGAUGUUGGUUUCCUGCUCGGCAACGCAACACACCUCCUUACCCCCAAGUUUGUAAACGAGACGAGAGAUCUGAUUGACGAUGUCUCGCCUGUCAUCACCCCAGAGCUACUCGGCGAAGUUGGCGGUCUUCUUGGUAACGCUGGUCACUUGUUGACUCCGAAGUUCGUCAACGAAACCCAGAUCUUGAUUGAAGACGCGUCUGAGGUGAGUUAACCGUAUAUCAUCACUUUGUUGCCAUUUAUUAACAUAUUCUUUUAGAUACUCCCUAUCGUGGUGAAGAUCUUGGGUACACUGUGAAGGGUCUAAGCCGCUGUGGUGGAAGGGCUUAUAAUUAACGGACAACGAAUUUACUUUUAAUAA